UCCUGAAGAUAAUGGUAGAGUUGCUGAAGAAUUGAGGCGCGCUGAUGCAGUUGUUCUUACUUAUGCAUGUGAUCAACCCCAGACGCUUGAUCGAUUGAGUACCUUCUGGCUUCCUACGCUUCGCCAACUUGAGGUGAGGGUUCCAGUCAUAGUUGUAGGUUGUAAACUAGAUUUGAGAGAUGAGAACCAGCAGGUUAGCCUGGAGCAAGUGAUGUCACCAAUAAUGCAACAGUUUCGGGAGAUUGAAACUUGCAUUGAAUGUUCAGCAUUGAGACAUAUACAGAUUCCAGAGGUUUUUUACUAUGCACAAAAAGCUGUGCUCCAUCCAACAGGCCCACUGUUUGAUCAGGAAUCACAAACACUGAAGCCUCGAUGC